AUGGCUCUUGCUACUAAAGUUAUCAUCAGAAGCUUGUCUGUUCGCGCAGCGAAAACUGCUGCUGUCAACAAUGUCACUGUCAUUGGUUGCGGAUUUAUGGGCUCCGGCAUAGCUCAGAGAUGUGAAACAUUUAUUCAGGGUGUUAUGUCUAAUAUAUCAGUGAGUACAAACACUAUAGAUGCUGUUACCAAUGCUGAUAUGAUUGUUGAAGCCAUCUACGAAAAUAUGUCAGUGAAAAAAAAACUGUUUACUGAGCUAAACAAUGCAGAUAUUAAGAAGUCUGCUGUAUUUGCUAGCAAUACAUCUUCAUUGUCAGUUGGUGAAAUGGCCAGUGUUACUGGCUUUCCAGAAAAAAUAGGUGGUUUACACUUCUUCUGUCCUGUGCCAGUCAUGAAGAUAGUUGAGUUGGUCACUCACAACAUGAUAUCCCAAAGAACUGUAGAUAUAUUAAUGGAAUUCUGUACAAAGCUUGGCAAAGAGAUAGUGAAGUGUAAGGACACACCAGGAUUUAUCGUUAACCGUUUAAUGGUGCCGUAUAUGCUAGAAGCAUGUCGUAUGGCUGAAAGAGGUGAUGCUUCCUUCAAAGAUAUUGACACUGCUAUGAAACUUGGAGCUGGAUAUAAGAUUGGGCCGUUUGAGUUAGCUGACUAUAUUGGACUGGAAGUCAUGGAGUACGUCAUAAAUAGUUUUCACGAUUCAUAUCCCUCUGAUCCACUGUUUAGGAAAAGUGACUUGGUUCAUAAACUUGUUUGUGAUGGAAAAUUAGGAAGAAAAACAGGAGAAGGAUUUUACAAAUACAACAAAUGA